AUGCCUGACACCGGUGGUUGGGCAGCAAACCAGACUGGUCGGUCAGCACAGCAGUCCGCGCCUCCUGCGGCAAACGCAUUUCAGCAUGCUGAUGGAGCUGCCAUUCCGCCUGCUGCUGGAGCGGCGAUUCCCCCUGCUGCUGGAGCGGCGAUUCCCCUUGCUGCUGGAGCGGCGAUUCCGCGUGCUGCUGGAGCGGCGAUUCCGUCUGCUGCUGGCGCGGCGAUUCCGCGUGCUGCUGGAGCGGCGAUUUCGAUUGCUGCUGGCGCGGCGAUUCCGCGUGCUUCUGGAGCGGCGAUUCCGCCUGCUGCUGGAGCGGCGAUUCCGACUGCUUCUGGUGCUGAGUUUCCGCGUGCAGGUGGAGCGGAGUUUCCGCCUGCUGCUGGUUCUGCGUUGCCGCCUGCUGCUGGCGCAGCGUUUCAUCCUGCUGCUGGAGAGGCGUUUCAUCCUGCUGCUGGAGAGGCGUUUCAUCCUGCUGCUGGAGAGGCGUUUCAUCCUGCUGCUGGAGAGGCGUUUCAUCCUGCUGCUGGAGAGGCGUUUCAUCCUGCUGCUGGAGAGGAGUUUCAGCCAGCUGCUGGACAAGAGUUUCCGCAACAGGCUGGAGCCACGCUUGCGUUUGCUGCGGGAGGAGCAAACCAUCCUGGUGCUGGAGCAGCGUCUCCGUCUGCUGCUGGAGUCGCGUUCCCUCCUGAGGCUGGAGCCCCAUUCCAGCCCGCUGCUGGUCAGGAGUUUCCGUCAGCUGCUGGAGGCGCACUCCAGUCUGAUGCUGAUGCAUUCGAUGCCCUUCUGGAAGAGGAGGACGAGUGUGGUGGGUACAACCAGCCAGACGACCUCGAGGCGCAGCCAGAGGAAGAACCCGUCAUCCCAGAACCUGGGUACAUGGAUCAGCUGAUGGAAAAUCGCCCUGGUCAACGCGAUGGGCAGCGAUUCGACUGGGAGCUCAACACCGAUGCGGAUGCAGGUGGUUGGAACGAUGCAGAAAACAGCGCGGAUGCAAACGGAGGGCUGUCAGGUGGGGCCGGUGCGGCUAACGGAGUGCUGUCAGGUGGUGCUGGUGCGGUUAACGGAGGGCUGUCAGGUGGUGCUGGUGCGGCUAACGGAGGGCUGUCAGGUGGUGCUGGUGCGGCUAACGGAGGGCUGUCAGGUGGUGCUGGUGCGGCUAACGGAGGGCUGUCAGGUGGUGCUGGUGCGGCUAACGGAGGGCUGUCAGGUGGUGCUGGUGCGGCUAACGGAGGGCUGUCAGGUGGGGCCGGUGCGGCUAACGGAGGGCUGUCAGGUGGUGCUGGUGCGGCUAACGGAGGGCUGUCAGGUGGUGCUGGUGCGGCGAACGGAGGGCCGUCAGGUGGUGCUGGUGCGGCUAACGGAGGGCGUCGUGGGGCGGCUGGUGCGGCUAACGGAGCGCGUUUCAGUGCGGCUGUGGGAAACGAAGACAACUACGAGCUGUUACUUAACAUACCGCGUCCCAUGGUUUUGGUAGAGCCAAACCGCCCUGCUAUCAUCAACGCUGUCAACAAUGCGUACAUGAAUGGGGCCACGCUCGACUUGCAUCAACUAACUCGAAUGCAACGGUCGUGGGCGCACCGAUAUGCAAUGGCAUUGGCCUCUGUUCCGGCGAAGCACAACGGCUUCACGGCGCGCUCAGUCCACCCAUACCCCCAAGACCCGCCUUACCCUCCUCCCGUGGCUCUGAGCCCCUCCACCUCCCUUUUGUACCGCCUCUCUCUCCUCCCUUGGCAGGCGCGCUCAGUCCACCCAUACCCCCAAGACCCGCCUUACCCUCCUCCCGUGGCUCUGAGCCCCUCCACCUCCCUUUUGUACCGCCUCUCUCUCCUCCCUUGGCAGGCGCGCUCAGUCCACCCAUACCCCCAAGACCCGCCUUACCCUCCUCCCGUGGCUCUGAGCCCCUCCACCUCCCUUUUGUACCGCCUCUCUCUCCUCCCUUGGCAGGCGCGCUCAGUCCACCCAUACCCCCAAGACCCGCCUUACCCUCCUCCCGUGGCUCUGAGCCCCUCCACCUCCCUUUUGUACCGCCUCUCUCUCCUCCCUUGGCAGGCGCGCUCAGUCCACCCAUACCCCCAAGACCCGCCUUACCCUCCUCCCGUGGCUCUGAGCCCCUCCACCUCCCUUUUGUACCGCCUCUCUCUCCUCCCUUGGCAGGCGCGCUCAGUCCACCCAUACCCCCAAGACCCGCCUUACCCUCCGCCCGUGGCUCUGAGGCGCGCUCAGUCCACCCAUACCCCCAAGACCCGCCUUACCCUCCUCCUGUGGUUGUGA